AUGAAUCUGAAGAACUUGUGGCACGCGCUCCCACUCACAUCCGGCUUCUUCGCAUCAACAUGUCCCUCAGAAAUUCACGCCACGAUCCCGGAAUCAGACGGCCACUGGGUAUCCGACCGCAGAUCGAGAAGCAUACACCAGAUUCAUUCCAUCCUCGAGACCUGCCCAGAAGUCACGACCCUUGACCUGCGAUUCGCACUGAUCGGCUGCGUCGGUUUUCCGGAACGAUGGAGUUUGCCCUUGAACCCAGCAGGUAACACAAAGUAUCUGUCAGCAAUACGAGAUCUCUCCCUCGAUGGCUACAACUUUGGCGACUUUGAAUCGAACUAUAUCUCACUCCACGGAUGGGACCACACGCUACAAUGGAUCACGUCGGGAAAUGCCUUCAAGUUCCUAAAGUGGCGUCUCCUUCCGCGAGACCAGAGGGCAAAGACGAAUCUGGAGCUGUGGCUAGAGGCCAUGGACUUUUCUCAACUUCAGAGCCUGUCAAUUAGGUGCGAUUCAUGCCGGGAUAGCUCUGUCGACUUGAUCGCGAAGCUCCUGGCCCCCAAAUUACCAAGCUUACGAUCGUUGUCUGUCAACGGACCGGAGAUGCUCGACUUCAUCCUGUCCAUACCGGCUGGCUCACUCUGCCAGUUCACCUGGAUCAAGCCUCAAUAUUCUGAAGAGACGUUGAGACUGAUCCUCGAGCACCACGGAAGCAGUCUCACCGGGCUGGAAUGGAGGAGCGCAGAAACUCUCUACCGCCCUCGUCCUCUCUUACCAAUGCCGAUCUUGCGAGACAUCGGAAACCUCGCACCGCGUCUGAAAGCUCUCACCAUAGACUUGAACCGCCACAACACAAGUUGGCCCUUGGAUGAUAUGGCGACUCUUAUGAAGAGCAUUCCAGGCACCCUUUCAAACCUGACAAUCUACUUUGAGAUGGCGAGCGAAUAUCGGAGGCAGAAGAACGACUUUGACUGGGACGGCCGGGGAGAGGCCAUCGAGGAGUUUGCGCAGCCUUUGCUCAACUCUACGACUGCGCAAGAGCUGGCGCGUUUCUUGCAAGAUCAUGGCGGCAAGGGUGGUGCGCAAGCGCAGUACAAAACCAGAAUGGCAGAUAUCACAGUCUCAGAGGCGUCGCCUCUGCUUCCCGCCGCCUCCUCCUCCUCAUCAUCACUGCCACCACGACAUCCGGCAGCAGCCUCCGAUAUGGCGUCCAGAAUCAAAACGGCCCUCUGGGGCCCGCCGUCGGUCGAGCGCUCGCUGCUCAUCAAGCUCGACUUCACCGUGCUCAUCUACUUCUCCGUAGUGUGGUUCCUGUUCGGCAUCAACCGCGCCAGCUACAGCACCGCCUACAUCAGCGGCAUGAAGGAAGAUCUGAACUUCCAAGGGAAAGACUUCAACUACAUGCACACGAUUUAUCUCGUUACGUACGCCGUGUUCCAGAUCCCCUCAACCUCAAUCUUGACCAUCGUCAAACCGCGAUACGUGUUUGUCGCCGCAAACACCGUUUGGAGCGUGCUCACGCUGGUCACUUUCCGUGCGACCCACGUCUAUCAAGUCUUCAUUCUCAACGGAUUCGAAGGUGCCUUUUCGGCCAUUGCAUACGUGGGUGCACAUUUCAUCUAUGGAUCGUGGUAUAAGCAAUCCGAACUUGCUACCCGCGCAGCCGUCUUCUGCGCAUUUGGUAACCUCGGCAACAUGGCGGGAGGCUGGAUCCAGGCCGGUCUUCUGGCCUCUCUCUCCAAUGGCCCGAUCGCUCCAUGGCGACUCAUUUUUGUGGUGGUUUCAUGUGUUACAAUCCCUUUCGCCGUAUUUGGAUGGUUCGCGAUUCCCGAUCUGCCAGAGCACCGCUCCGCCAGGUUCCUUACUCCCGAAGAGAGGGAACUCGCAGUCACCCGCCUCGGCCGGACGAAGGCCAAAGAAUGGGAUUUGAGCAUAUUUCGGCGUGUUCUCCUCAGCUGGCAAUUCUGGCUCCUUCCAACCGUGUUCAUGCUCUACUCUCUCAGCGUUCAAGCGAUACAAAACAACGUCAUGCCCCUCUGGAUGGCUUCUCGCGGCUACAGCGUCAUUCAACAGAACAACUACCCGACAGCAAUCUACGCAACAGGCAUUGUCGCAACGUUCAUCUACUGCGCCGUAUCCGACAAGCUCCGCUCUCGCUGGCAGGCGUCUCUGUGCAUAGGCUUCACAUUCAUCGUCAGCAGCGCCAUCUUGAUCUCAGAUCCGCCAGACGCGGGCUACUUUUUCGCCUUCUACCUGAUGGGCACGACGUACGCGCCGCAAGCGCUCUGGUACUCAUGGAUGGCCGAUCUCACGGCCCACGAUCUGCAACUCCGAGCGAUCACGACGGGAUUCAUGAACUCCUUCGACUUUGCCUUUGUGACAUGGUGGCCUCUGAUCUUUUAUCCCGUGACCGAUGCGCCAAACUACCGAAAGGGGUACAUUGCCAGCUUGGUGACGGGGGCGCUGACCGUGCCAGUGAUCUUGUUGAUUGCUUUUCUCGAAAGGAGAGGAACGCGAAACGGAACUAUUGCUGGCAAUAUCAAUGAUGGUUCCUAUUCAGACGAAUACACUAACACCGUUGAACACACCAAUGCCAACGAGCGCACCAACACCGACGAAGAUGCAAACACGGCAAAGGGCGCCGAGAUAGCGACAGAUGUGUCGCGCAGGUAA